ACGUCGCGUGACGGACGCUUUAGCGCACGCGGACUGUCUUCGGGAGCGCUGAGUCGAACAUCCUCUCUGGCGUGUCACUGUUAGAAACCGGCUGCUGUAGUUCACGUGUGUCGGAGACUAAACAUUCCACUUAGAGUUGUGACGCUCUCGCUCACGUCAAGGGGGGACGUUAACAUCGAGUUGUCGGCGGACUCUCACAGAGAUCAAGAACUAAAGUAGGUGAAAACCUUGUGGAAAAUCCAAGACCAACGAUGGACCCGAGAGACACUGCCCCCGAUUCAUGGGAACAAGAGGACGAUGUGGAGGCCACAAUCGACGGACAACUAGAUCCAGCACUCAUGGCCCUAAAUGUAAAUGCUAAACCAUUUGUGCCCAACGUGAACGCUGCCGAAUUUGUUCCAACGUUUGUCGUGAAAGCACAAGAUCUCGAUUCAGCGGUGGCUGUGGAAAAGAUGUCUACGAUGGAGGUGUCAGAAAGUGUCGCUCCAAUGGAAAACGGCGACUCAGACAUGACCACAGAGGAGCCGUGGGACCAGAAAGGGGCUGAGCCAAAUGAGGAGCCGGGAGGCGGGUCCUGUGGAGACCACGGUCUGACGGUGACCGCAAUCAUUGAGGAGACCCCUCCAGAGGUGAUGAUAGAGGAAGAAGAGGAAACCCCAGCCCCCAAGAUUCCACUUACGCAGCCAGACGCUCCCAAGAAGGAACACAUCAAUGUUGUGUUCAUCGGACACGUAGAUGCCGGCAAGUCCACUAUUGGCGGCCAAAUUAUGUAUCUAACCGGGAUGGUAGACAAAAGAACCUUAGAGAAGUACGAGAGAGAAGCCAAGGAAAAGAACCGGGAAACCUGGUAUCUGUCUUGGGCUUUAGACACCAACCAAGAGGAGAGGGACAAAGGCAAGACAGUCGAGGUGGGCCGAGCAUACUUUGAGACCGACAAAAAGCACUUUACCAUCUUAGACGCUCCAGGCCACAAAAGCUUUGUUCCCAACAUGAUCGGAGGAGCAUCGCAGGCAGACUUGGCUGUUCUGGUGAUCUCUGCCAGGAAAGGAGAGUUUGAAACUGGGUUUGAAAAGGGCGGACAGACACGAGAGCACGCCAUGUUGGCCAAAACAGCUGGCGUGAAGCAUCUGAUCGUUCUGGUGAAUAAAAUGGACGACCCAACAGUCAACUGGAGCUUGGAGAGGUAUGACGAGUGUAAGGAGAAGCUAGUGCCCUUUUUGAAGAAGGUGGGCUUCAACCCCAAAAAAGACAUUUACUUCAUGCCGUGCUCCGGACUGACAGGAGCCAACCUGAAGGAGCCUGCGGAUAUGUGCUCCUGGUACAUAGGGUUACCGUUCAUUCCACACUUGGACAGUUUGCCACUUUUCAACAGAUCAACUGACGGCCCCGUAAGAUUGCCCAUCGUAGACAAAUACAAGGACAUGGGCACUGUGAUUCUAGGCAAACUGGAGUCAGGCUCCAUCAGUAAAGCACAGCAGCUGGUCAUGAUGCCAAACCGGCAUGUGGUGGAGGUGUUGAGUCUCCUGACAGAUGACGUGGAGACGGACGAUGCCGACCCAGGGGAGAACCUCAAGCUAAGGCUGAAGGGCAUCGAGGAGGAGGAGAUCUUGCCGGGCUUCAUCCUGUGUAAUGCAGAGAACCUCUGCCACUCAGGGCGCACGUUUGAUGCCCAGAUUGUCAUCAUUGAACACAAAUCCAUCAUCUGUCCAGGUUACAACGCGGUUCUUCACAUUCACACCUGCAUUGAAGAAGUGCAAAUUACAGCCUUAAUUUGUCUGGUAGACAAGAAGACCGGAGACAAGAGUAAGACACGGCCACGAUUUGUCAAACAGGACCAGGUCUGCAUCGCCCGCCUGCGCACGGCAGGAACCAUUUGCCUCGAGACCUUUAAAGACUUUCCUCAGAUGGGACGGUUCACAUUGCGGGACGAAGGUAAGACCAUCGCCAUCGGUAAGGUGCUGAAGCUAGUCGCUGAGCGGGACUGAAGAGGACCACGCUGUGUGAGAGUCCCAGUGAGAAGGACUGGCCGUGGCUCGGACGUAACCCGCUUGCACAGUCGGCAGCGGUAACGCGCCUCCCUGUCACGCCUCUCCUUCUGCGUGCUGAAGAACCGCUUCAGAAAAAAACCUCCUGUGAAAAAGAACCUGUUUUUAAGCAAGUGAUAGACCAAGAUGAAUUCCACGCCAGUCGGCUUUCUCAUAUUGAGAGCUCAGCUAUGCCAUUCCGGGGUUAACCCCACCUCCUCACCACGCCACACUUUGGUCAACUCAGCAAUAGAUGAGGCUUUUUUCUUCCACUGGUUUUUCUUGCUCUCAUAAAUGACAAUGCAAAUGGCGGAAGUUAUAUCUGUAAACAGAUCAGACCAGGAUUCUUCUUGGAAUAUUAAGUGAUUUCAGAUGUAAAUUGCAAAAGGAAUGGUUUGAAAGAACCUAACCAGUUGAAACCAAAAUGUUUAUCUUGGGUGAACAUGUCUCCCUUUUGCUUUUAUCCAGAUUUUGGUUUCUCGUGACGUUCUGGCAGUGUGCUUGAGCGUUUUCAAAUGUUAUAGAAGCAAACAACUAUGACAAUAAAAUGAUAAAUUGGGAAAA